CAUAUAUAAUAGUGAAACAUGAGAAGGAAAUAAUUGAAGUGGUAAAUUUGGUGCAACACAAUGGGAAGCGAAGAUGUGAAGCUGUUCAACUUUCAUGCGAGUCCAUUUGGUCAGAGGGUGAUUUGGGCUCUGAAACUAAAGGGUGUUGAUUAUGAGUGCAUAGAAGAAGACAUCUUCAACAAGAGCAACCUCCUCCUUGAGUUGAACCCCGUUCACAAGAAGGUGCCUGUUCUUGUUCAUUGCAACAAACCAAUUGCAGAAUCACUUGUGAUCCUUGAAUACAUCGAUGAAACAUGGAAGCAGUAUCCGUUGAUGCCUCAGAAUCCUUAUCAAAGAGCUCAUGCUCGCUUUUGGGCUAAUUUUGCUGAACAUAAGCUUUUGGUGGCUGCCCGGAUCGCAAGGCUUAGUAGUGAGGAAGAACAGGAAAAGGCUGUGAAUGAGGCAAGGGAAGCAAUGGAGAAGAUAGAAGAAGAAAUUAAGGGGAAGAAAUUCUUUGGAGGGGACAAGAUAGGUUACCUUGACAUUGUAAUUGGAUGGAUCUCUUACUGGAUUCCUGUUUGGGAGGAAGUUGGAUCAAUGAAGAUAUUAGACCCUUUGAAAUUCCCAGCCAUCAAUGCAUGGAUCACCAAUUUCCUCAGCCAUCCUAUCAUCAACGACACUCUGCCCCAAAGAGACAAAAUGGUUGUUUACUACCACAGUCGCAGAAAGGAAGUGUCUCCAUCUUGAUGUCUACACUUGUUCCAUUAUGAAUAAAAGAAUAAACUCUACUUUUCGUCA